AAUUUUUUCUCUUCCGUUUUCAUGCUAAUAAGAUCUAACGCUUGAGGUAAACAUAAAUGGAUAAGAAGAAGAAUCGUCACCUCAAGAAGUUGAAAAAACAGAUUAACGAAUUAUUUCUGAUGGGUGGCAUAACCCAAGAAGAAGCUGAGGCCAUCGAUGAGGCUGAAUCAGCGAUGAUAGCACGUACUUCAGUCGAAGCUACAUCGUCAACAUCUACAUCAACAUUUUGUACAGAUUCUUCGAUGAAAAUUUCAAGGAAACUAGCUGUUGCACGUUAUCAACGUCAGCCUGGACCUCAGCUGACGCUUACUUUAGACCGACUAGGUGGCACCUAUAUGUCACAUGCUGAGGUCAGUGAACUCGUCCAGUAUUCUGUCAUCGGCCCAGUGGUUAACAAACCAAGAUGGGCUCAUUUUCGUCCGUGGAAGAGCACCUCACAAACAGUUCUCAUACGAGUGAAUUGUCCGAAUGACUAUAUAGAAAAUAACGAAUUUUCGUUUUCGUUCAUCGACCAGUUUUUCAACAAACAGUGGAUCCGCAUGGAUCAGGCAAUUGGAGAUCGUGAAGCUUUUUGGAAUCACAUAAUGCAAGUACCUGUGAGCAUACAGGAACAAAUACGGGAACGAGUUUUGAAAGUGGAUCCGAUGGAAGGUAUUGCGAAAGGUGAGGAACUGAGAACGGAACUGCUCAUCACCACGCCUGAAAUGGUGGAUAAUGGUUAUCCUUUUCCUGAUGGACGUAAUAUUCCUACCAAAGAAAAAUAUGUAGCAGUAACAAAGGACUCCCCUAUUUUUGCGUUGGACUGUGAGAUGUGUGUUACUUCGGUAUCUGAACAUGAGCUAACUCGGAUAUCUCUUAUCAGGGAAGAUGGGAGUGUUGUGUUGGAUACAUUGGUUAAGCCAGAAAACGAGAUUAUAGUGAGUUUAAUUGUCAGCUAUGACUAUUUCAUUACUUACUUUUCCUAUCUGUGGGACUAUCUGACGAAGUUCUCUGGCAUCACAGCUGAACUAAUGGAGCCGGUGACAACAACGUUGGAAGACGUCCAAGCUGCUAUAUGCGCCGUUCUGCCUCCAGAUGCAAUUCUCUGCGGUCAUUCACUUGAAUUUGAUCUGCGUGCUAUGCACAUGGCUCAUCCAUAUUGCAUCGAUGUUAGCCUUAUCUAUAAUCUCUCAGGCACUGUGAGAAUAAAGACAAGUUUGAAAAACUUGAUGUCGCUGUUUUUUGAAGAGGAGAUCCAGAAUUCACAUGGACACUGCUCAGUUGAGGACGCUUGGUGCGCAUUACGUCUUCUAAAGAAAAAACUUGAAAAUGGACUCAUCUUUGGCAACUGUCAGUACGGUUGGCGUUACAACGACUUUAUGAAACAAAAGCAUGCGCAAGAUGCUCAAAAUCUCGAAGAUAAGAGUGUUGCCGAUGUGCAGCCUGAAAUUGCUGGGUCUGAUGAAGGCGGUGACUCCGAGGCUGUAGUUGAUACUCCCAAAAGCAGUGACUCAGAGCCUCCAACGAAAAAGUCUCGUAUGGAGCCAAGGAAACGUGUGUUCUGUGAGUGUGGGGAGGUUAUCGGUGUUGAUUGCAUCUUGGAGAAUUGCCAGUGUCAUGCUUCUCCACCUUCCCAAUGUCUUCGAUGUCUGACCAAGAAUGCGAGUUCGUUUCCUGAAGGAGAUUUUGAUUGGAGCAAAGCUGUGCGAAGCGAAUACUGCUGCUCAUAUCGGCCACUUUCCUACUAUCUCGUUGAUUCGAAAAAGACUGUAAUGGUCGGGUUCGCUGAUGUGAAAGAUCUUCAUAUACAACGAAACAAAGUGUUUACACUUCGUCGUCCAAGCUCCUUCCCCUCGCUUUUGGACUAUGUUGAUGAAGUCAGCUGCGAUUUACUGGAGUAUGGCUUAGCGCUAAUUGAAAUCGACUAUCUGAAGCGGCAGGAAGAGUAUUCCUCUGAAGAGGAGGAAGACGGUGAAGUUUGCGAUGGCCGGUGGCGGAUGCAGCGUGCUGUUCACGAACUUGAUGGACAUUUGGAGAAGAUCAUCAGGGCAGCGGCCCGCUACAGCCUCAUUAUGGUGGUUAUGGCCAGCGAGAAAUCGUCGGUGUGUUACCUAAAGGUCAAGCCGUAGCUAUAGCUAUUGUUCAAGUGUUACUAUUAGAAAAAGUUCUUUUGUGCCUAUCCAGCUCUACGGGUCACGUAGGCAUGUGUUCGCAUUUUCUCUUCUUCUUAUAAGCUUUCCAUCAUAUUUUCGCAAAUUACCACAGCUUACACGUCAUUUUACUUUUCAAGCAUGCUUAGUAAAUAAGGCAAAGCUACAUUUUGUUUAUUUCUUUCGU